UAUGUGUCUCAGGCCCGUAUUGAAGGUUUGGCUAUUGCCAUUCUGACGGGUACACAGGGCGAUUUGCCGCAAGGGACGGGGUUGUCAACGUCAUGUACCCCACCAUAUCUGUCAGCUACCCCGCCAUGAAUGAUAACCACACCAGAGCUUAGUGGCAGGGUCUACCACGGAAGCUGGAACUGAGGGGCAUGAAAACAAUAGAUAGGCAGCAUGAUAGUGCACGUCUCUGAAUGGUGAUAGACAGACCUUCGCUUCUAUAGCUGUCCAAAAUUACAUUAUACUCCUUCCUUAUACGCCACCAUGUCUUCAAACAAUGAUUACCAGACUUACAAGUUGGGCAACUUUAAGCUUAAGUCAGGUGGAGAGAUUCCAGAUGCUUUCAUCGCCUACAAGACUUUAGGUGACCCAUCGCUACCUGCCAUCAUAUAUCCAACAUGGUAUUCCGGGACGAUAUCCGACAACAUCUGGCUGACGGGCUCGGACAAGACACUCAGCCUUUCUGAAUACUACAUCAUCAUGCCUGCUUUAUUCGGAAAUGGGCAGUCAUCCUCGCCAUCCAAUAUGCCAGGCUUGCGUCCGUUCCCUGAGGUGCUGUUUUACGACAACGUGAAAGCGCAGCAUGAGCUCGUCACCAAGCAUCUUGGUGUGAAGCAUGCUCGUGCUGUUCUCGGUUGGUCCAUGGGUGCGGGACAGACGUAUCAAUGGGCUACUCAAUUUCCCGACUUCAUGGACCUUGCGGUACCGUUCUGUGGAAGUGCGAAGACGAGCUUGCAUAACCAGGUCUUCCUAGAAGGCGUCAAGAGCGCCUUGUACGCUGCAAUAGGAACAAGUUCAGCAGGAGUUGCGAAGCCAGAUCAUCUGACUGCCCAAGGCAAAAGAGUACAAUUCGAAUCUGAGAACCGAGAGGUUGGACUGAAGGCCCUUGGACGCGUUUAUGCUGGCUGGGGCUUCUCACAAGCAUUCUAUCGGGAGAAGCUGUACGAGACAGCGCCCACGCUUGGGUUCAAGAGUCUGGACGACUUUCUUGUCAACUUCUGGGAAGCUUGGGCACUCUCGAAAGACCCAGAGAAUAUGCUGGUCAUGGCGCAUACAUGGCAAGCUGGUGACUGCUCGCAGCAAGAACCGUAUAAUGGUGAUUUUGAGAAAGCGAUGAAGGGUAUCAAAGCGAAGACACUAGUCCUGCCAGCGAAGACUGAUCUCUACUUCCCACCAGAAGAUUCGGAGAUCGAGGUCCAGAACAUGAAGCCUGGGGUGGGAACAUUGAAGGUUUUCCCAUCUAUCUGGGGCCACUGGGCCGGCGGACCAGGACAGUCGACCGAAGACGUGAAAUGGCUGGAUAACCAAAUCCGGGAGUUCUUUUCGAAGAAUUGAUCUCGUA